ACGUUUCGCGUAGGGCAUUGUGGGAAGGGCGGCCGGUGCAGCCGCAGCUGCCAUCUUAGGGGCGCCUGGCGCUACGGGUUUCUGGUUGGAGGCGGCCUUCGUGGCAGCCGUAGACAUCGGGAAAAGGCAUAAAGUCCGUUGGCCGACACCUUUCUUUCCUCCGGCCUCGGUAGAACCGCCAACCCGCGUCCGAAGGCGGAGGCGAGGGGAACUGGCCGCGUGAGGGGCCUGAGGCGAGCGGUUAGAGCGUCUCCCGGAAGGAUGGGCCGGUCUCGGAGCCGGAGCUCGUCCCGCUCCAAGCACACCAAGAGCAGCAAGCACAACAAGAAGCGCAGCCGGUCCCGGUCGCGAUCCCGGGACAAGGAGCGCGUGCGGAAGCGUUCCAAAUCUCGGGAAAGUAAACGGAACCGGCGGCGGGAGUCGCGGUCCCGUUCGCGCUCCACCAACACGGCCGUGUCCCGGCGCGAGCGGGACCGGGAGCGCGCCUCGUCCCCGCCCGACCGCAUCGACAUCUUCGGGCGCACGGUGAGCAAGCGCAGCAGCCUGGACGAGAAGCAGAAGCGAGAGGAGGAGGAGAAGAAAGCGGAGUUCGAGCGGCAGCGAAAAAUUCGACAGCAAGAAAUAGAAGAAAAACUCAUCGAGGAAGAAACAGCACGAAGAGUAGAAGAAUUGGUGGCAAAAAGGGUGGAGGAAGAACUGGAGAAAAGGAAGGAUGAAAUUGAACGAGAAGUUCUCCGAAGGGUGGAGGAAGCCAAACGCAUCAUGGAAAAGCAGUUGCUCGAAGAACUCGAGCGACAGAGACAAGCUGAGCUUGCAGCACAAAAAGCUAGAGAGGAGGAAGAACGUGCAAAACGUGAGGAGCUAGAGCGAAUACUGGAAGAGAAUAACCGAAAAAUUGCAGAAGCACAAGCCAAACUGGCCGAAGAACAGUUGAGAAUUGUUGAAGAACAAAGAAAGAUUCAUGAGGAAAGGAUGAAACUAGAACAAGAACGACAACGUCAACAAAAAGAAGAACAAAAAAUUAUCCUGGGCAAGGGGAAGUCCAGGCCAAAACUGUCCUUCUCAUUAAAAACCCAGGAUUAAAUUGCAAACUCUGAACUUUUUACAAAGAAAAAUGGAAAAACUUUGUAUGGUAGCUUCAUGUUGAAGUGGUUUUUUGUUUUUGUUUUUGUUUUUUUAAUUUGUAAAAUCUGGAAAGUUAGCUUGUUCUAAUAGGGGCUAUGCUCUGCAAUUCCCUUUUUUUUUUUUUUUUUUUUCCUUCCACUAAGUCAAAUCCUUAUCAGAUCAUUGUUGUCUUCUAAGGAGUGACGUAUUUUUCACCUGUUUGGAUUCUAUAUUAGUGGUCUGAGGAAGAGCAGAUCACAUUGUAAAACUAUGGAUGGUCUGAUAAGGCUUUUACUGACCCCACUGACUUCAGAGUUAUACUCUGUUUGCUACAUCAUAAUGCUGGUUUUGCUGACUUUUUGUUUUUUUAUAUAUUUAUAAAAAAAGAAAAAGUUGGUGAUUGCAUUGGGAAAUUCCCAGGGUAUUACUGGACCUAUGUGGUGUAUUGUUAAACCAGUGUCCUUGUGAUACUGUUGCUCUUGAUGUUCCUGAUACAGGUAAGGAAACAGUUGGUCAACUCUGAUACAAAGUAUAUAUACAGUUCAGUAUUGUCUCUGUUCAUUUUGUUUUUAUUUCAUUGACAAAAUCAAACCAGCGUUCCCCAUUGUGUAAAUAAAUGAUUUUGCUGAAUAAAGUAAAGUCUUAAAUUCA